AUGCCGUGGCUUGAAACGGCACCUGGCCGCUAUGAGCGUCCUUUUGAUACCAUCGAGCGCUUCUACCGCGGUAUUGCGGCUUCUGGUGCUCAUCUUGGAAAGCAGCACUGGCUUGUCUCCAGCGUUGUUCAAUGCAAGCACCAUAUUUCCACAAUAGAUCUGCAGGAUGCAUGGAAAUCUCUUCGUCACCAGCACCCACAGAUUGCAGCAAGUGCUGACGACAACGGGCUCAACUUUGUUUACAACGUGCCUUCAACCGAGGCCCUUGACGUCUGGGUACAGGAAACCUUGGUCAUCCACUCAGACAAAGAGAAUCAAAAUGUUGAGGAAUUAGACUCUGCUCUCGCCCCCUCGGACCGAUUCAUGCUGUACUAUCUUCCACACUCCCGACAGCUUCUCUUUCGCGCGCCACACUGGCGAACGGACGGCAGAGGCAUGAUUAUUCUACAACACAGCUUCUUCACCCUUUUAGCCGCGGGUGCGGGUCGAACAAUCUUGUUUGAUGGAUCGGAGGCCUCACAACUGCCUGCACCGUUUGACGAGGCAGCCGAACUAUCUCUGGAGACAACGCCUGAAAUGAGCCAAUCUUCCGAUGCACUUCUGUCUUCACUCUCCGGGUCUAUACCAGCGACUCUGCGGGAGAGUUUGCCCAACACAAUACCGACAAUUUCACAACGUUCCACCAUUCAGCUACCCCAGGAGUUGAGCGAGAAAAUUAUCAGGGCUAGCAAGGCCCGAGGCCAGACCGUCACAACAACUGCACAUGCCGCUCUCUUUACGGCCCUGCGAGAAUACGCAGAUCCCAUUGACGGUCGUUUCAUCUGUUUCAACCCAUUUGACCUCCGCCACCAUCUUCCUCCACCCUGGAAUGGCCUCGCGGGGGCGGCGUCGCUUUAUCAUACUGGCAAGCCCUGUAGCAUCGAGCUCGCGCAGUGCCCUGACUUUAAAUCGCUUGCGCACUUGCUAUCUCCUUUCUACCGGAACGAGCUGAAGCCACUAUUCGGUUUUUUGGUGGAUUAUAUGAAUAAGCUGGACAAAAUUUUGGCUGCCCCGUUAGAGGUUGCUAUCCAGGGGCCAGGUGCUGCACGCGCCGACCUCAGCUCUUUAGGGGUGAUCGAUAACUACCUACACACCCGGUAUACAGGUGUUGCGGGAACAUUUGAAAUUGAGGAUUGGUUUCUCGGCGUUCAAAUCAUCACUCGUCUCCUACAGAUGUACCUAUGGACAAGGGACGGUAAAAUCCACCUUUCGUGUAAUUAUAAUGCAGCAUUUUAUAAGGGGGAGUUUGUUCAGCAGCUUUUGGAGGGGUGGAAGGAUGUGUUGGUCAAGGAACUCCUGCAUAUAGCGUGA